AUGGCUUACAGAGUUCAUACAGAAGCGGUGACAAUGUCUCAAGUAAAACUUGAACAGCCACGAGAUAACGAUCAAUCAAUACCACAAACGCUUCAAUGGAUGCCGUCACCAGGAUUAGCUAAUCCUUUGCCAAACAUGCCUUUAGGUCUGCAGUAUCUCGCUCAACUCGAUACGUUAAUAGCUAUACAGGAACCGAGUGUUAUGCAAACGAUUACGGGUCUUGCGAGUGCUCAACGUUUUCAAAUACUCAAUGAGCAAGGUCAACUUGUGUUCUACGCAGUAGAAAACGAAAGUGAUACAUGUCAUCGAUGGUGUUGUGGUGCUAAUCGAGCUUUUGUCAUUCAUGUUUUUGAUCAAAUGAAUCAAGAAAUUAUUCGUAUUUCACGUGAAUUUAAAUGUUGUGUUGGAUGUUGCUGGUGUGCUAGUGCUAAUUGUUGUGCACAUGAGGCAUUUAUUGAAUCGCCACCUGGAGUUAAUAUUGGCACUGUUCGACAAACACGAAGUUGCUGGCGAGGUCAUCUAAGCUUGAGAGAUGCUGGUGGUAAUGAACAUUUGCGUGUGGUUGGUCCAUGUUGUAUAUGCCAGGGAAUAUAUGCUGGCGAAGGUAAUGAUGAAACAGAAUUGGGUGCUAUUUACAAAGAGUAUGCUGGUUUUGUCAAUCAAGCAUUUACAGGUGCUGAAAAAUAUACUAUAAAAUUUCCAAUGAGUUUACCUGUUCCAAUGAAGGCCGUAGCUUUGGGUGCUCUUUUUCUUGUCAACUUCAUGUAUUUUGCAGGAAAUGCUGAUCAAAAAGGUGGUUCAAGUAUUCUAUCAUUACUCGGAUGA